AUGAAAUUGUCUGCCGCUUUAAGAUUGAGAAAAGAUUACGUUGGUAAUCUUGAUAAGUUGCGAAGUAGAAUAACUAGCAAUUGUGUUGUCCAAGAAGGAUCGGCUCCUGCUGAAGACCCCAAUGUCUUGAUUGAAAAGUAUCUUCGACUAUCGGAGAAUUUAAAGUCAUUAAUCAGUGAUAUAAACUAUACCAAUUCCCAGAUACGAUUUAAAUUCAAUGGUUCCAAAGUACCGAGAACCAUGACGGAAGCGUUAGCAGAAAGAGAUGAACUUGAAAGAAACAGAAAUGCGUUGCAAUUGAUGGCCAACAAAGGGGUGAUUAGUCAAAGUAUCUAUACUAGAAAGGAAAUCAAAUCCGUAUCAUGUGUUGAUGUUCAUGCCAUUCAAAAAAGAGUUAACAAAGUUGCUGCUCAGGGAAGAAGGCUAGAGGACGCAAUAGAAGAACAGAACUGGAUAUGUGAUUUGAUUGCUACAGUAAACUAUGACGAUGACGAUGAUAAUUAG